CUCUCUCUUUCUUACACUCGUUAUUCUCUGUUGCUGAAAGGUAAACAAUCGAUCUCUUCUUCUUCUUGGUUUUUAAUAGCGGCUGGCAACCAGCGUAAUUAGGUGCAUUACUGCCACCUUCUGCUCUGGAGUAUGGAACAGAAACAACCGAUUUGAUUGGCUUGGCUUUUGAUGACGCUCCUGUCAUAAUAACUAGAUUAACUCCACAGGAACGAAAGAUUUAUCUUUUUAUUAAUAUCAAAGAGCUUAUAUAAUCUUAGGAUAUUAGAUUAUAAUAAGGAGAUGCUUAAUAUGAUAAUAUUAGAAUUUUAACGGGUCCGGGCAGAACCGUCACUCGGUCCGCCAUUUGGUCCGCCAUUUGCGAUAAAAAUGAAAUUUGAAAUAGGCUUAAAGUGAAUAAAGAUUUUACUAAAGUAAAUAUGAAGUCUAGAGAGGACUAGACUAGAACAGGAAGUGGGUCCAGUGAGUCUGCAUCAGCAGUGAAGGUGAAAGUGAAAGCAUUUCAUCUUCAUGUGUGUGAGUUCUUCUAAAGCAGCAGAUAAAGAAUCUGAACCUACUGUACAGGAAGAUAAAGAUGGCAACUGAGAACGGACAUUCAUCAUUGUUGAGUUCUGGGAAGUCUGAAGAAUCAGAGGGUGCAUCUGCAUUAUGGACUGAAAAGUCAUAUUUAAAGUUUAAGCUGAUUUUAUCUGGAAAAACACUGAAUUCCCACGAGGACUUCAUAACUCAUCUUAACCAACGAGUUCACCUGAAGGAGGUGAAUACAGAGGAUGAGUGUGAUUUUAUUCUGGGUUUCUGCACGAUUGUGUCACGAGCUGGAACUGACAUUGAAGCAGCAAUGAAACGUCUACACAAUAUUUCAGGCACCAAACCUGUAGUCCUGGUGGUGCUCCAUCACACAUUUGAUCCAGAGUGUGUUGUUCCAGACAGCAUCAAAUGUGUAAACAGAAAGAAUAUGAUCGCAGUCGACUGUCUGUUCUAUGAAGAUAAAGGAUUACUGCAGUGUCUGAAGAAUAAAGAAUCACUGGACAAAACUUCACAAUAUCUGAAGGAAUAUAUAAACUGUGAAAACAUGAAAAGGCAAAAGGAAGUCAGAAACAGUGCAAGAAGCAUUAAAAAGGAAGUUACAGGAAUUGAAGGUACAAAUAUGAAACCAGAUCAAACAACUAAUGUUUCAGAGGAAAGCGGAAAUUCUCAACCUGAGAGAAAUAAACAACUGAACCCAGAACACCUCGACACUGACAAUGUGGAGGACAUGGAGCAAAAAAACGAGAGUCAGGAAACAAUAAUGAAACAGAAUUUAAAGAGAAAUAAAGAACCUCUGACAGAAAAUACACAAACACUUCAGAAGAAGGACAAGACACUGGAAGAGAAGGAGAAACAGCUCAGUGAAGUAAGAGAAGAAUUGAGAAAAUCAAAUAUGAUGUUAGAAAAGAAUCAGACACAAUUGAAGGACAAAGAGAGACAACUGGAGAGUGUGGUGAAAGACCUGGAAACCAGUACAAAUAAACUCACAGAAAGAGAUAAACAACUUCAGGAGAAUGACAAACAGCUCAAACAGACAAGAGCUGAACUGGACAAAACAAUUAAGGAGUUAGAAGACAGGCAGCGACACGUGGAGGAGAAAAACACACAACUAGAGAAUCUGAACAAACUGCUGAAGGAGAAAGAAACACAGCUGAAGAACACAGAUAAAGAGCUGGAAGCCAGUACAAAUAAACUGGACACACUGGGACAGGAGCUGCAGGACAAGCAGAGACAACUGGUGAGUGCAGUAAAAGAACUGGACACCAGUACAAAUAAACUCACAGAAAGAGAUGAACAACUUCAGGAGAAAGACAGACUUCUGACAGAAAAUAGACAAACACUUCAGAAGAAGGACAAGACACUGGAAGAGAAGGAGAAACAGCUCAGUGAAGUAAGAGAAGAAUUGAGAAAAUCAAAUAUGAUGUUAGAAAAGAAUCAGACACAAUUGAAGGACAAAGAGACACAACUGGAGAGUGUGGUGAAAGAACUGGAAACCAGUACAAAUAAACUGGACACACUGGGACAGGAGCUGCAGGACAAGCAGAGACAACUGCAGGACACGAUGAUCAAAUCUGAGUUAGCAGAAAAAACCCAACAGCUUAAGGAGAAAGACAGACUUCUAACUGAGAGAGAGACACAGCUAAUGGAAAGAGACAAAGAGCUUCAGGAGAAAGACAGACUUCUGACAGAAACUAGACAACAACUGGAGAUGAAGGAUGAGACCCUGGAACAGAAGGGCACACACUUUUUUCAGCUAAAGAAAAAAGUUAAAUGCUAUGAAGUCAUUCCUCCAAAGGUACAAGCACCUUGUGAACAGUUCACAAAAGAACUUAAAAAAAUAAGAAAAUCUAUGAAGAUGUCUACAGAGGAGAAGUGUAAAGCAGUUCUAUAUUAUGUCCACAAUGUUUCACGAGCUGGAACUGAUAUUCAGACUGCACUGCAAAAACUUAACAGCUUUGGAGACAAAUACAUCGCAAUAGUGAUGCUCCAUCAGACAUCUGAUCGAGAGCUCAUUACACCAGACAGCAGCAGAACUGUGACCAGAGAAAAAACUUUCAUCGUUGACUGUCUGUUCAGUGAGGACGAGGGACUGUUCUCGUGCCCUAAGAAUGACGAAGCGAUAAAAAAGGUUGCACAUUGGCUUAAGAUUGUGAAACACGACAAACAGGACCCUAAGGAAAAAAAAAGUGAAGCCAGUGAGGAAAAUGAAGCAAUAACAACCGGACAGAAAAAUGAGCUAAAGGAAGGGUGGCUCUUACAACAGAAUACACAGGUCACAGGUCACAUAAUGGACAAAGCUGCAACCAGUAGAUGAAGUUACCGACUUGGUAUAAACUAUUCUGUAUUAUCUCUACUUAUAGUGACUUGCCCUCUUCUUUUAUGACUAGUUGUUGAUACGGAGCCGCACUUUGCUGAGGUAGACUUGCCUUGUCAGUCUUUAGACAUUUGUACCUGCCCUCACCCAUCAAACCUAGAAGGCGUGAUCCCUCUGGGAGCAGUAAGCAUUUGGUAACAAAGAAGGUGGACAGGUUUUUUUUCUUUCUUUGUACUAAAAUACCAAUCCAUUUGAACAAAAUAUCAUUUCAUGAAAUUUUAAACAGCUUAAUGACAAUAUAAUGCCUGUUAAAAAUACAACAUAAUUUAAUUGUAUAUGUAUUUGAUCAACUUGGGAUAAAAAGUGCAAUAAUUUGGUAUUUUGUUUUAUACCAAAUUGUUAAAUGUCUUAAUAACAGGAAACAACUUUUUCUUUUUAACUAGUAGGGCAUGACGUUAAUGUUCCUUUCUUUUCCACACAAAACUGUAUGUAAUUCCAUUUGAGGUUCACUUUGGUUCAUGUAUAAACAAUGAUCCUUACUCUGUAUUUCUGGUCAGACCUGCUGUCAGAUCAGCUCAUGGUGUGACUGGGUGUGGAAUAACAAAGUGAAAGCACUGCAGUGUUCCUGGUUGUGCUUGUGUUCACAACAGAUUUGGGGGAAAAACUGAAAUCCUACAGUCACUGCACUGUUAGAGCAGAAUACUGACUUUACUUAGUU